AUGGCUAAAGAUGUGAUCAGAGACUCCUACACUCAGUUUAGAGUUGUGUUCCAAGAGAUUUCAAAAGGGUUCUACACACCUUCCUCGUGUCUUAUUUGUCAGUAUCACGUCAUAAACAUAGAAAAGACCUGGACUGAUGCCCAGAGUUACUGCAGAGAGAAAUACACUGAUCUGGCUGCAGUAGAUGACAUGGAGGACCUGAACAGGCUGAUUACCAGUGUUAGUAGUUAUAAUUACUGGUUCUGGAUCGGACUGAAGAAGGGAGACUCCAUGAAGUGGUCUCUGGCAGACAGACGUUUCUAUAGAAAGGGGAGACUGAGUUCAGAAACUGGGACACUAGGACACUCCAAAACGCAUCACUUCAUCUGUUAUGAUGGAAAACAAGACACCAACAUAACAUACAUCUUAAUUCAGGAGAAAAAGACCUGGAUAGAUGCUCAGAGUUACUGCAGACAGCAUCACACAGACCUGGUCAGUGUGAGGAACCAGACUGAGAACACAGAGAUAGAGAAGAAGAUAUCACUGAGGGGACUUCCUGUGUGGAUUGGUCUGUUUCAUGACUCCUGGAGAUGGUCAGACCAGAGUGACUCCUCAUUCAGAAACUGGUGGCCAGGAUGGCUUUCAACAGAACAGAGAUACAACUGCACUCUGGUGCAUUCUAAUCCUUCUUCUCCUUAUCCUGCUAAAUUGAGAAAUUAUCCCUCUGAUGACACCUUUCCUUUCAUCUGCUAUGUUAAGUUACCAUAUUCUCCACCUGAUCUACCUGAUACUAUGAUGACAGGAGAACUAAUGUUGCACCCAUGAUUCACUACUGUCAUUGUGGGAUUUUUUUCUCUUCUUGGCAUAGCUGUGGAGACCACAACGACUACCCCCCUGCCCACGACCACGACUACCCCCCUGCCCACGACCACGACUACCCCCCUGC